AAUGCGCUGAAGAAAAGCGAAACGAGGCCACCAGUCAGUCACCACCAAACGAAAGCACGAACGAGCCCGGCGACAGAGCGGAAAGCGGCGCCGAGCAACCAAUCCCGCCGUCUCCCCACGCCGCCGCCCCGGAUCAUGGCCAUGGCCGCCUCCUCCCGGCUGAUGUGGGCGUCCCGCGCCGCCGCCUACCUCAGGAUCUCCACCUUCCCCAGGGCCUUCUCCACCGUGAUGAAGGAUCUGAAGUAUGCUGAUACUCAUGAAUGGGUGAAGGUUGAGGGUGAUUCAGCAACUGUGGGGAUUACGGACCAUGCCCAGGAUCAUUUGGGUGAUGUUGUGUAUGUGGAGCUGCCAGAAGUUGGCAUCAGUGUAUCCCAGGGAAAGAACUUUGGUGCUGUUGAGAGUGUGAAGGCAACCAGUGAUAUCAACUCACCAGUAUCUGGAGAGGUCGUUGAAGUGAAUGAGAAACUAAGUGAGGAACCUGGAUUGGUGAAUGCAAGCCCAUAUGACAAGGGAUGGAUUAUCAAGGUCAAGCUCAGCGAUUCAGGUGAGCUCAAUUCACUGAUGGAUGAUGAGAAGUACUCAAAAUUCUGCGAGGAAGAAGACAAUCAUUGAAGAAAAAAGAGUGUCUUCUGACAUCAAGGACCUGUGUUUCAAUUCAAGCUUUAUCAGUGCUUUUGGUCUCUGAGACCCGCUGUCGCAAAUUGGCAAGGUUCAUCGCAUGGAAUAAAUUAGUCUGAGAUCCGAGCGUGUAAAGGACAUGUCCGAGUUUCGUUAUCUCUUUGUAGUUGUAAUGCUCAUGAGUUUUCGUUUUGCUGUCUCUGUUUCAUUCCUUGGUAUACAAAUUGUUUGGUCCUUUGUGGUU